AUGGCAACCAAUACUAGCAAAACAUAUCAUCUUUAUUCAUAUUUCCGCUCGACAUGCACGAAUCGCGUUGUGAUUGCCAUGCACCUCAAGGGUAUUCCCGUCGAGCACACCUACAUUGAUCUCGGCAAGGCUGAGCACGAAAGCCCCGAGUUCCAGGCGCUGAAUCCAAGCAAAUCCGUACCGAUUCUCAUAAUCAAAGAAGAUAGGAACGAGACUGUUCUUACUCAAUCAAUUGCUAUUCUAGAAUAUCUGGAAGAAAGCCUACCUACCCUGACACCACUACUACCUCCAAGUGGCGAUCUAGUACAGCGUGCCCGUGUCAGAGAGAUGGUGAACAUAAUCACAAAUGACAUUCAACCUAUUACCAAUGGGCGCAUCGCUAAACGAGUCCGCGCUAUUCGAGGUGAAGCCAAGGACCAGAUCACUUUUGUGAUGGAGGUUUUUCUCGCUGGCCUGACGGCGUAUGAAGAACUACUAGCCAAAUACAGCGGGCAAUUCUCCGUGGGGGAUGCUGUGACCAUGGCUGAUGUCUGUUUUGCACCGGCGGUGGAGAUGGCACUUGCCUAUGGGACCAAUCUGGAUGGGCUACCGCGCGUCAUGGGAUUAUUCAAGAAGUUGGGGGAAUUGUCGGCGUUUCAAAAGGGGAAUUGGAAGAUGCAAGGCGAUACACCUGAAGCUCUGAGAGACUCAUAG